UCUGCACAUCUCAUGCCAGUGGCCACUCUUGUUUGUGUUCUCAAGGAUACACUGGCCUUAACUGUGAAUUCUUGGGCUCUGAAUGCGAUCAGGAACCCUGCCUGAAUGGAGGGACAUGUCGACCUUACAAGGAUGGCUUCAGAUGCACUUGUCCUAUUGGCAUUGGUGGCAUAUACUGUGAACUUGAUGUGACAGAUGAAUGUGAUCCUGAUCCUUGUCAGCAUAAUGGCCAGUGCUUGAACCGCCUGGGCUAUUUUGAAUGCAAUUGUCCUCCCACUUGGAGAGGCCUGAGGUGUGAAACUUAUGACAAGUCUUUCCUUGGGGGCAUCACCCAUGAACCAAAGAAACCAUCAAAGAAUAGGCCAAAUCAAGAUGUUAGGGCAGAACAAGAGCAUUGCAAAAUUGAAAACUGCAAGGAGAAAGCUGGGAACAGGAAGUGUGAUAAUGAGUGCAACUCAUAUGCCUGCAACUUUGAUGGAGGCGACUGCAGUCUAGGUAUAAAUCCAUGGAGCAACUGUUCUGCUCACAUUAACUGCUGGGAAGUCUUCAUGAAUGGGGAAUGUGAUGUUGAAUGCAACAAUGCUGGAUGCCUCUUUGAUGGAAGGGAUUGUGAACGAGAACUCCAGCAGUGCAAUACCAUCUAUGAUGCUUAUUGUUUGGAGCAUUAUGACAAUGGUCACUGUGACUAUGGAUGCAACUCGGCUGAGUGUGGCUGGGAUGGUGGUGACUGCUCUACAACUGCACCAAAUUUGGCCAUAGGUGCCCUGCAAAUAACCAUCUUGAUGGACUUGACUGAGUUCCGCAAUCAUUCUGCAGCCUUCCUCAGGGAAAUUGGCCAUCAUCUUCGAACAGUUGUCCACAUCAAGAAAGACCAAUUUGGAAACAACAUGAUUUAUCCCUGGGGACCAGACAAGAGCACCUUGGAAGAAUUCUCUCUUCUCUAUCCUUUUAUGGCUUCUGGUGUGACUGUGUAUCUGGAGAUAGACAAUCAGCAAUGUCAGGCUGACGGAGACGAAUGCUUUGCAUCAGCAUCACAGGCUGCCCAGUUCCUUGGAGCAACUGCCUCCACACAUGCUCUUCAGACAGGGUUCCCUAUCUAUCAAGUAUCAGGAGUUGAAAGUGGUGGAGGAUCACGUGGUGGUGAAGGUGGGAGUUCAUCCACCCAAGUUGCCUAUUUCCUAGUGGCUGCUCUUGCUGUCCUCAUUGCUGCAAUCCUUGCUGGAGUCCUCAUCACUGGUCAAAGAAAAAGAGCUCGUGGAGUCACUUGGUUUCCAGAAGGAUUCUUCAAGAAUAGCAGUGCAAGUGGGAUUCGCCAGCAGAGUCGUCGCUGCCCUGAUGGUCAGGAGAUGAAGCAUUUGCCUAAGGUCCCCUCAUCUCACCGCAUCACAGAUCUGGCACCCAGUGAGAUGUCCAUUCCAGCAGAUUUUGGUCAAUGGUCAGAAGAUGAGGAAGAGCAUCCACCAAGCAAAAGGAUGAAGUCGGAACAAGCAGGAUAUUCAAGUGACCAUACCUGUAUCACAACGGAUUAUGAUGAAAAUGAUACCCGGCCUUGGACUCAGCAACAUCUCAAGGCAGCUGAUGUCUACCGUCCUGAAAAUUUUGCAUUUACACCUCCUCAAGGACAGCAUGCUGAGCCUGGGCUGGCAGACAUUGAUGUGAGAGGACCAGGUGGUCUGACACCUUUGAUGGUUGCCUCCUUCCGUGGAGGAGGACUGGAUACUGGAGAGGAAGAAGGAGGGGAUGAUGAUGGGUCAGCUCAAAUCAUCCAGGAUCUCUUGAUGCAGGGUGCCAACAUUUCUGCAACUACUGAUAGGACAGGUGAAACUUCUCUUCAUCUGGCUGCUCGAAAUGCUCGUGCUGAUGCUGCCAAAAGGCUGCUUGAGGCAGGAGCAGAUGCCAAUAUGCCUGAUGCAAGUGGGCGGACUCCUCUUCAUGCUUCCAUUGCUGCAGAUGCACAAGGCGUCUUCCAGAUCCUGUUGAGGAAUCGUGCAACGAACUUGAAUGCACGCACAAAUGAUGGGACAACCCCCUUGAUACUGGCUGCCCGCCUAGCUAUAGAAGGGAUGGUUGAAGAUCUUAUAGGUGCCGAAGCAGAUGUCAAUGCUACAGAUGAAGCAGGGAAGUCAGCAUUACAUUGGGCUGCAGCUGUAAACAAUGUUGAUGCAGUCCGCAUACUCCUUGCCCAUGGUGCUAAUCGUGAUGCUCAAGAUAAUAAGGAUGAGACACCCUUGUUCCUGGCUGCAAGAGAAGGCAGUUAUGAAGCAUGUCAAGUUCUCCUGGAUCACAUGGCCAAUCGUGAUAUAGGUGAUCAUAUGGACCGGCUGCCACGUGAUGUGGCCCAAGAACGCAUGCAUCAUGACAUAGUGCGAUUGUUAGAUGAACAUGUGGUGAGAGCAUCACAUCCUCCUGCAGCUGCCACCUUACACCCACAGCUGCUUCACCCACACACAACCACUCUUCCUCCUGCUCGUCCUCCUAAACCAAAGAAGAGGGUGAAAUCUGGUCCUGGGACACAAGUAACCAGUCCUCAGAGUGAAGGGUGCUUGUUGAAACGCAAGGGAAGCACCAAAGGGAAAGUGGAGAAGAAAGAAGAAGACUCACCUAUUGCUAAUACGCCCAUGUCCCCAUAUGAAAUGAAUGGGAACCCACUUUUCCUGGGUGUGCACAAUGGACUAGGGAUGUCUCACCCCAACCUUGCAUCCUUGUCUCAUUUGUCCCAAGUGCAGCACCAACAGGUACAGCAGCUUCCAAGCUAUGAGGAAGCCAUAAAAAAUGCUACUAUUCAUAGCUUGGCUCUAGAACCUGGAAGUGCUUUCAGCAACAUCCCUCCUGAGCAUAUGUUUUCUGGGAUCUCUCACAUAAGGCAGGGCUCAAUGCCACCAUUAUCAAUGGCUCAGAUGCAUCCCCAAUUCACAUUUGUGCCUGGCUUGCCACCACAUCUGAUGCAGCAUCAGCACCUUCACCACUCGCAUCACAUUCCCCAACAGCAGCCCCACCCACAACCUCCUCCAAAACCUCAGCAGCAGCCACAGGGUCAACAACCCACAUCACAACAUGGUGCCAUUGGGCCUCAUCAGCCAUCAUUAUUACUUUCUCCUCCUCAAAGUGCAGGGAGCAGCCACACAUUGUCUCCACCUCAUCCUCCCCUCCCAUCUCCCCUGAAGACUCGUCCACCAGGUACGAGUUUACCUACUUCUCCUACACAUAUGGCUGCAAUGAGGAAGGGAAUAUACAUGCAAUACCCUACUCCUCCUUCAAACGAAGGAACAACUCCUCCACCUGCCACACCACAUGGUGGGCAAGCAGGAAAUGCUGGAAUGCACCCAACAACUUUGCCAGACACCUACCUCACCCCAUCACCUGACCCAAACUCUCCAGAUCAGUGGUCAAGUUCCAGCCCACACAGCCAAUCAGACUGGUCAGAACCUGGCCAAAGCCCUGCAUAUGCUGGGUUGGCUAAUCAGACCAUGAUGCAAGGAAAUCAGGCUCAUAGACAAGCUGAGGCAGUUUACAUCUAAUUGAGUGAUGGUCUACAGUGGCUGUAUUCUAAAGGAGGUGUGCUAUGAUUAUUCUGGGUUGAUGGAUAACCCAUGUGUGAGUUGCAGUGGCCUUGAUUUUGUGACUCCCCAUGAGAUACUCUGGUAUAAUAAUGAAUUUUCUGUGUGAAAUUAAGAUCCAUUGCCCUGAUGGAUGACUUAGAUGUGAUUCCAUUGUGUAUGAAUCAGUGAUCAAAGCAAUAUUUCAAGUGUGAGAUUCUCGUAUUCAGCAGGUAUUUUUUUGUACUGACUGUCUUGUGUCAAUUUCAUGUCUUGAUGAAUGGAACAAACUUCCUAAAACUAUUAGUGACAUGUCCUUGAGAUCAAUGAAGCUCUUCUUCCUUGAUGCCAAGAAACUUCUGAAAGAUCUGACUUCUCCAUUUUUCUAUCUCAUUUUGCUAGCCAAGUGUGAGAAUAUAUUUUGUCUACAGUCAUAUUCAUACAGACAAGCUUCUCUAGAUUUACCAUGUUUGCUUGUUCUCAUUUUUUUUAUAUUUAUGAUGGUGUUUAUGGAUCGAAGUAUUUUCUUAUGUUGAUCUCCAAUGUGCUCUGAGCACCAUGAUGGAACAAUGUUAUUCAAUAUAUUCCAGCUGCAUUUGUAUCACUCAAGAAUCACAAAAGUUUUGAUUCUGUUUUGACUGCUACUGAAUUUGAGUUGGUCAUUGUUUUAUGCAUAUCACCUCUCUGCUCACCUACAUUACUAACUUUUUCAGUGUUGAUGUUCCUGGUAAGUGACAUUCAUGGUUGUUUUGGGGAUCAAUUCAUUUUGCAGAAUUUCAUUCAACCAAUCUAGAUCCUUUCCAAAUAUGUAUGUUAAAGUGUUGAAUGUGGGAUACUCUGGUACUGCACCUAGUGCUUCACUUUGCUCAGAUGCUCAGUUUUCCAUCCCCAUCUUAUGCUGGUAAUAUUCUAUGCUUUUCGUGUCUGUCUUUCUUUCUGUUUGAUUCUGAUGUGCCUUGUUUCUUCCUGUUUGAUUCAGAUGUGUCUGUAGAAUAUUAGGCUGAAUUAUGAUGGGAGGGAAUGUCAUCUGGCCCUGGCUAUCAUUGAAAGCUUGAUCUCUGAGGACUCAUUUAUGAGUGCAUCUUUUAUAUUUUUGCAAGAAUGACGCUUAGCUGUUUGUUUAAGAGAUGGCACUUGGACUUAGUUGCAGAGAACUUUUAUCAUUGUACUUAGUGCAUUAUGGUAGGAACCUGCCUUGUGAUUUUUCGAGAAUUCCUAUGACAUUGUACAAAUCUGUUGUGUACAUAUUCAGGGCCAUGGAGAGAGGAGG